AUGCCCUGGGGAGAAGACUCAUCAGAAGAUGAAGAGAUUUUCUUGAUAUCCGAGUCAAAUAUGUUCGUAAGAACUCCUAAAUUGAUUGAGGAUUCCCUAACUAUUACUAGAGUUCCAUAUGGACAUAUAAAAUCUCUUCACAUAAAUGAACCAACAAAAGUGAAUGAUCUAAAAACCUUCUUUGUACCCCCUCAAGUUGAGAAAGUCAAGGGAAAAGAAAGAAUAAAGAAAGGGAUCCUUUUUUACAAGUCAGAUGAUUAUAAACCCUCUGAUCUUAUCAAGCUUGAUAACUCUGAUGAGGAAAUAUACGAAGAUGUCAACAUGCCAAAAUACUUUCCGAAGAAUCUCAAAAACAUGAUAAAUAGAUCGGGGUUUCCUAUACUCCACAAGAGCUUGAAGACGGGGGGGCAAGCCACUGUUGAUGAGCUUUUAGAAAUAAAUUUGGGCAACAAAGAAGAUCGAAGACCUACUUAUAUUAGUGCACUACUUCCAGAAAAAGAUCAAGACAUGUUGAAAACAUUGUUGUUAGAAUAUAAAGACUGUUUUGCUUGGACGUAUAAAGAAAUGCCCGGCUUAGAUCCUAGUGUGGCUGUUCAUAAACUUGCCAUUAGCCCAGACGUGAUUCCAGUCAAACAAGCUCCAAGGAAGACAAGAGUUGACUUAGAAGAACAGAUCAUAACAGAAACUAAAAAGCUUAUUGAAGCAGGGUUCAUCAGAGAAGAAAAAUAUGCUGACUGGAUCGCAAGCAUAGUCCCAGUAAAGAAGAAAAAUGGUCAAAUUCGCGUAUGCGUUGACUUUCGAGAUCUGAAUAAAGUAUGCCCAAAGGAUGACUUUCCACUGCCAGUCACUGAACUGAUGAUGGAUAACACUUCAAGUUACGAGAUGUUUUCCUUCAUGGAUGGAGCCACUUAUCAAAGGGCUAUGACAGUAAUUUUUGAUGACUUGCUCCACAAAAUUGUUGAAUGUUAUGUUGACGAUUUGGUUGUCAAAACUGUAAAUAAAGCAAAUCAUUUUGAAGACUUAAAAACAGUUUUCACCAAAUUAAGAAAAUAUAAUGUGAAAAUGAAUCCUCUUAAAUGUGCAUUUGGAGUUUAUUCAGGCAAAUUUCUUGGGUUUAUUGUGAGACAUAGAGGAAUUGAAAUCGACCCAGCAAAAAUUAAGGCUAUCAUAGAAUUGCCUCCCCCAAAGAAUUUGAAGCAAUUGCGGUCCUCUCAAGGAAGAUUGGCAUACAUUAGAAGAUUCAUAUCAAAUUUAUCUGGCAAAAUUAAACCAUUUUCUAAAUUGGUGAAAAAAGAUGCACCUUUUAUAUGGGAUGAUGAUUGUCAAACAGCAUUUGAAGACAUUAAGAAAUAUUUAUUAAGUCCCCCAGUGCUUGCUGCCCCUAUUCAUGGCAGGCCAUUAAUCUUAUACACCGCUGCACUUGAAGGAUCGCUGGGUGCACUUCUUGCUCAAAACAAUGAAGAAGGAAAGGAAAAUGCUCUAUAUUAUCUCAGUAGGAUGUUAGUGGGGGCAGAAAAUUCUUACUCACCAAUUGAAAAGCACUGUCUAGCCCUCAUAUUUGCCAUUAAGAAAUUAAGACAUUAUAUGUUGGAACAUAAAAUCCAUUUAAUUUCGAGGGUGGAUCCGCUUAAAUUCUUAAUGACAAGACCAGUUUUAACUGGAAGGUUGGCAAAAUGGGCUGUCAUACUCCUUGAAUUUGACAUUACUUAUGUACCACAGAAAGCCAUCAAAGGUCAAGCACUUGCUGAUUUUCUAGCUGCGUACCCAAUUCCAGAUGACUCACCUUUGAUCUUUGAUUUGCCCGAUGAGCAUAUCAUGUUUACUGAAGAAGACCAACCCUAUUGGAAACUGUAUUUUGACGGUGCAUCCUCAAUUCAACCAGCUUUCAGUCCAAAUAUCUCUAAGAUUAAGGCCAGGAUAGGGCUAAUCUUUGUAACACCUGAAGGAGGCAUUUUAAGGUACUCAUUAGCCCUUUCUGAGCCUCGCACAAAUAAUGAGGCUGAAUAUGAAGCUCUUGUUGCUGGUUUAGAAAUUGCCAUCCAGUUGAACAUACAAAAAUUGCAUAUCUAUGGAGACUCCCAAUUAAUCAUCAACCAAGUUGAAGGGGAGUUUAAAGUACAUAAACCUGAGUUGGUCGAAUAUCAAAUAAAAGUGAAAUAUCUUAUGAAGAAAAUCCCAUGUAUAAAAAUAGAAAAAGUGUCUAGGGCUAUAAAUGGAAAAGCCGAUGCCCUAGCUAGACUGGCUAAAGAGCUUGCUGAUCCCACCAUGGAUGAGGUCCAAAUAAUUAUACGGAAUCGAAAAAUAUUAUCCCCGACUGACUUAAAUCAAGAAAAAGAUACGAAGGAAGCUGAAGUUGCAAAUAUCAAUAUAGAAGAUGAUUGGAGAGAACCUUUCAUCGAUUCUCUCAAAUAUAAUAAACUGCCAGAAGAAAAGUCAAGACAAGCACAAAUUAAGAAAAGAGCGAUGAGAUACGUAUUCGUUAAUAAUCAACUUUAUCGCAGAUCUUUUGAUCAAUUAUGGCUUAAAUGUUUAUCACCAAAUGAGAUUAAACAAGUCAUGCAUGAAGUUCAUUCGGGUGUUUGCGGUGCGCACCAAUCAGGGCCAAAAAUGCGCCUCAAAAUUAAACAUUUGGGAUAUUAUUGGCCAACAAUGAUACAAGAUUGUAUGAUGUAUGCUAGAAAAUGCCAUCAAUGUCAAAUCCACGGUAACAUCAUUCAUCAACAUCCAAACCCCUUGCAUCCUACAAUCGCUUCAUGGCCAUUUGAUAUGUGGGAAACAGAUGUGAUAGGGCCUAUCAAUCCACCAUCUUCUAGGGGGCAUAAGUUUAUUCUUGCUGCUACAGAUUAUUUUUCUAGAUGGGUUGAAGCAAUCCCACUUAGAGAAGUAAAAGCAGAUGAUGUUGUCAAAUUCUUUAGGGAAAAUAUUUUAUAUCGAUUUGGAGUUCCAAGAAGAAUUAUAUCUGAUAAUGGAACUGCCUUCAAGAGUUUCAAAGUCAAUAGAUUUGCUACUCAACACAAAAUUGAUUGGCGGUAUUCUUCAAUAUAUAAUGCAAGGGCCAAUGGAUUGGCUGAAGUCUUUAAUAAGACUUUGAUAAAACUAUUAAAGAAAAUUAUUAGCAAAAAUCAAAAAGAAUGGCAUAUGCGAAUCAUAGAAGCUCUUUGGGCCUAUCGAACCACAUAUAGAACGCCAACUCAAGCAACACCCUACUCUUUGGUGUUUGGCACUGAGGCAGUAUUACCGUUAGAAGUUGAAUUGCCUUCAUUGCGAAUAGCAGUUCAAUACGAAUUAACAAACGAAGAAAAUGCUCUAUUAAGGCUUGAUGAGCUAGAUACAUUAGAUGAAGUCAGGUUAACUGCCCAACAAAAUUUGGAACUCUAUCAAGCCCAAAUGGCAAGCGCAUAUAAUAAACUCACCCGGUACCGCACCUUCAAUGUUGGGGAGUUGGUGCUCGCUCUUCGUAGACCGAUUAUAAUCAAUAAACAUGCCGGAAAGAAAUUCGAUCCAAAUUGGGAAGGCCGAUAUGUGGUGGAAAAAGCCUAUGAAGGCGGCGCUUAUUAG